ACUGCUGGCAUCACAAAUGUUACAAGGUCAUGCUGGGUGGUACCAAGUCGACAGUGCUAGAGCACUUCCUCGCUGCAGCAACUGAAGCUUUCCGCACUCACCUGGCUAGACAUGCCUGGCUAAAGAGCGGUUCAUAAUCUGUGGCCAAGAUCUAAGCGACUCACCUUUUUUCGUUCUUCAGACUUUGAUAUCGCCAGCUAUGACACCUGAGACCCCGAUGGCAACGACAAAACCUCAGGGACUGAUAUGCACAUGUUCUGCAGAUGGACCAUGCAAGGCUGCCGAAGUUGGCCAGUGACUUGCAUGACUUGCAUCGAGGACUCGUACCUGCCGUAUCGACCUACCAAAAAGACGCAAUUGUUCGCAGUACCACGGGACCUUGCUAUAAACAGACUAGCGUCCUGGAGCUCGGAAAAACCCUCCGGAACCUGGUGAUUUUUUCGAGAUUUCCCCCACCAUUGACUUGACAUCUGCAUAUUUCAUUCUGCAAGACAAAGCCCUGAUUUUGUCGUUUUUUCAGGCAAGACACUAGCGUCCAGCAGGUUGAAUGUAAAUAUUCCCAAACCGCCAAGAGCUCAACUCAUCUGCCUGCAAAGUUGAACAGUUUUUCACUAUUUGUUAACCUUGCUUGCCCCACGAUAUCGAUAAGAUGACAGCCUCGCAAAAGAUUGCUAUAUUGUCUGUCUACGACAAGACUGGUCUGUUGGACUUGGCAAAGGGCCUCAUCAAGAACAAUGUCCGGCUUCUAGCUUCAGGUGGUACUGCCAAGCUGAUCAGAGAAGCUGGCUUCGACGUCGAGUACACGGGGCUCCCUCCCAUAGUACCUGUACCAGACUAACCGUUGAUCAACAGAGAUGUCUCCGCAAUCACAAAAGCACCUGAGAUGCUUUCAGGCCGGGUCAAGACCCUCCACCCCGCCGUUCACGCUGGCAUUCUUGCACGAAACCUCGAAUCCGAUGAAAAGGAUCUCGCCGACCAGAACAUCAACAAGGUCGACUAUGUCGUCUGCAAUCUCUAUCCGUUCAAGGAUACUGUUGCCAAAAUUAAUGUCACCAUUCCCGAAGCCGUAGAGGAGAUUGAUAUUGGUGGCGUCACUCUCAUUCGAGCUGCUGCAAAGAACCACACUCGUGUCACCAUCCUUUCCGAUCCAAACGACUAUGCAAGCUUCUUGCAGGAGUUGGACAGUGGUGACGUGUCUGACUCAAGCCGCCAGAAUUAUGCUCUCAAGGCUUUCGAACAUACUGCCGAUUACGACGCUGCAAUCUCGGACUUCUUCCGCAAACAAUACGCUGGCAACGGUGCCCAACAACUGUCCCUCCGCUACGGCGCAAAUCCUCAUCAAAAGCCUGCCUCUGCAUUUAUGCGGAAUGGUCAGCUCCCUUUCAAGGUCCUGGGCGGUUCUCCAGGCUAUAUCAAUCUCCUUGAUUGCCUCAACGCUUGGCCCCUUGUCAAAGAACUCAAGCAAGCCCUUGGCCUUCCUGCCGCCGCCAGCUUCAAACAUGUUUCCCCAGCAGGUGCUGCAAUUGGUGUGCCAUUGUCAGAAAAGGAACAGAAGGUCUAUAUGGUGGAUGACAUUGACGGAAUUGGCCAGUCGGCAUUGGCCCAGGCAUAUGCUCGUGCCCGUGGCGCCGACCGAAUGUCGAGCUUCGGGGAUGUCAUUGCUCUGUCAGACAAAGUCGAUGUACCUACCGCCAAGAUCAUCUCCCGCGAGGUUUCGGACGGUGUCAUUGCCCCUGAUUAUGAGCCCGCCGCUCUUGAAAUACUCAAGAAGAAAAAGGGUGGCAAGUAUCUCGUGCUCGCAAUAGAUGAAAAUUACGAGCCCGCAAGUCAAGAGACACGCACCGUCUACGGCGUCACAUUGACCCAAGGGCGGAAUGAUGUCAAGAUCACCCCGAGCGGAACCUUUUCAUCAAUAAUUCGUCCUAAAGACUCUCCAGCUCUCUCCGAAGCAGCCCUCCGAGAUCUGACCGUCGCCACCCUUGCCGUCAAAUACACCCAAUCCAAUUCGGUUGCAUACGCUUUCAACGGCCAGAUUGUCGGCCUUGGUGCCGGCCAACAAUCUCGAAUCCACUGCACAAGACUAGCCGGAGAUAAGGCUGACAACUGGUGGAUGCGAUUCCACGAGCGAACACUCGGUAUCCAAUGGGCUAAAGGAGUCAAGAGACCGGAGAAGAGCAACGCGAUUGACAUGCUGUGCUCCGGCCAAGUUCCACCUCAGAGCGAAUUUGAGGUCAAGGAUUAUGAACGCAAUUUUGCCGAAGGACAGGUCCCUGAGCCGUUUUCCGCACAAGAAAGACGUGACUGGCUCAGCCAGUUGUCUGGAGUGGCAGUUUCAAGCGAUGCUUUCUUCCCCUUUGUCGACAACGUCUACCGAGCUGCGCGAAGUGGCGUCAAGUAUAUUGCAGCGCCGACUGGAUCCCAGAACGAUGGGGCAGUCUUCGACACGGCAGAAAAUCUCGGCAUCACAUUCAUCGAACAGAGCACACGGUUGUUCCACCACUAGUCGACUGUGGGUCAGUGGAAUGUGAGAUAAAAGGAAAAUCAUUUAUUCGUCAUAGAUUCAACACUUUGAGCUGAUGUCCCCAUGAGGGCACGCAAAGCCCUUGAAAAAUUUCCAUUGUCACACCAAUUUACCUACGCUGGCGUGGUCAAUCAUACCCAUCGUUAGCCAACAUGGCGAUUCCUCGUGAUAGCUUCGGCGGGCUUUGCACCUGCUGAGUUGCCCGUUUCUUGGUGUCGCAAAUUGGCAACAUUGACCCUGACGUUGGUGAAUCGUACAUCGAUCGAUCGCUCUUGAUCCUCUCAUCGGGGUAGACCGCCAUUGAAGAUUCAUUCAUUCGUUCAUUCACUUUCAUCUUUCCCCUCUUCCAGAU